AUGAGCCCCUCUGCAGAGUGGGGCCGGGCGACGGGGCGGGCCGGGCAGCCGGACCCCAGCGCUGCAGGCAGGGGUCCCGGGGGCCCUGCGGGCCGGGCCGGGCCUGGUCCGACCCCCACCGGACCAGGCUUGCAGUUGCACCAGGAAACCCAUCGCCCGCCAGGUCGGGUGGGGUGGGGGCCGGGUGGGGGGUCGCGACCCGGGGACGAGGGGUGCGCGGUGCGGAGCCCCCCGGACCUGAGCCCCCGCCCCGCGCUGGAGUCGGGGGGGGGUCGCGACCCGGGGACGAGGGGUGCGCGGUGCGGAGCCCCGGUCCGCAGCCCCCCGCGCCCGGGGCUGGAGUGGGGGCCGCAACGCCGAGACGCGGGGUGCGCGGUGCGGGGCCCCGGUCCGCAGCCCCCCGCGCCCCGGCCCUCGCCCCCCACCCCACCCGGGCCCCCGCCGCGCCCCCGGGCUGCGGACCAGGCGGCGGGGGGGCGGCGGUCCGGCACCUGCGGGGCGACCCGGCCAGCCGCCGGCCGCGGGGGCCCCGCCGCGCUCCGCGGCGCCGGGCCGAGGGCCGGGACCCCGGGCCCGCGCCCCCCGCGCCCCCCGGCCGAGGGCACUUACGGGGCUCGGCUCCUCCGCGGCCGGCGCGCUCCGCCCGGGGGUCCAUGGCGCUUCCGGACCCGGCGAGUCCGGCCGACGCGCCAAGCUGCGCAGCGCCGCCCAGAAAAUGGAGGCCGGCGGCGGCGGCGGCGGCGGGGCCCGGCCCGGCCCACCCGGCGCGGGGCCCAGGCGCAGCCCGGCCGGGGGCGACGCGGCGAGCGCGCGGCGCCCUCCGCGGCCCGGACGGCCCGGCCGGGGCCUCCCGUGGGCCCGGCGGCCCCGGGAAGCUGGGGCGCGGCGGCCUGGGCCCCGAGGCCCCGGGGGCUGCGGCCGGCUCGCACCCCGGGCCAACGGCUGUGA